AAUAAGGCGGGACAAAUUCUCCUGAAUCCUAACGACCUUGACCCCACCCCACCUUACGCUCUCUAUUGCUCCGUUGCCUUUAGAAGCCCUAACCCUAAUCGUAGCCCUAAAACCCCAAACGCAAAUCAAUAGGUUCGAUUUUUGGACGACCUUUCUUCUAUAUCUUCUUGUUCCACAAUACUAUCAUCGAUUGUGGACUUCACCAAUUUCAUCUCAAGCUGAUUCCAACGUAAUGACUCAGGUUCUGCAACGGAAUGGGUGAGAUGCGGGUGUCUGUAGAGUGUUUGGGCAUUUUCAGCUCCAAUUAACUGUGUACGCUAGCCCAUAUGGCCGUGUAUGAUUGACAUUUGGAGGUGGAAUUUUGAUAAUCCGACCGUUCAAUAUUUCUUAAAAUGAAUCAAAGAAGCAAUGGGUUAUCAAGCGCUCAAAGGUCCAAGAGUUUCCAAGGGGAGGGUCCAAAUUGGGUGCUUAUUGCUGGUGGUGCCUUAUUGAGUACAUUAUCUAUUCGCCUGGGUUUCAAGCUGAAACAGGUGCUUGAUUCAAAGGAAUCAGAGAACAUUUGCAAUGGCUUAAAAGCAAAGCCAGGGAAUGGAAAACCUACUGACAGAAAGAAGUCAGGGAGUUGUCAUUUGCAUUCUAAUGGAUACUGCUUUGCCCAGGAUGAGGAUGCCUGCUUCAAUUACCUAUCAUCAGCAACUCAAGGUUUGGAAGAAGUUAAGCAGGAAUCUGAUAGCCAAUUGUUGGCAGAGCGUGAAAUGGCUCUGUCUCUGGUGACAGUUCCCGCUACUGAAUUCAAUAAAGAGAAUGGCAUAACAUGGUCGUCAUCUGCUGACCGGCUUGAGCUCCCCCAGAAGCCGUUUCAUCACUCGAACAGCUCCGACUCUCCAUGUGUUUCAGAAUCUGGAUCUGAUUUCUUCAGCAAGCGAGAAGUGAUUCAGAAGCUAAGGCAGCAGCUGAAGAGAAGGGAUGAUAUGAUACUGGAAAUGCAAGAGCAGAUUGUGGAAUUGCAGAAUUCACUCAGAUCACAGUUGUCUCAUUCUUCUCACCUGCAAUCGAUGCUGGAUGUUGCGAACCAAGAUCUGCUCAACUCGGAACGAGAAAUCCAGAGACUGAGGAAAGCAAUUGCUGAUCAUUGUGUGGGACAAGUUGAUCCCAAUUACAAGCCACUGGCAGUCCCAAUAUGGCCAUCUGAAGGGACAAAUGGCCACACGAAUGGGUAUCUGAACAAUGAGAGUAGAUUGGAGUCUUCAUCAGAGAAGGGCGGAGGAGAAAGACACAGGAUUGAGACUCUGAAAUGGGAAGUUGAUGAGUUGAAGGAAGUUAUAGAAGGGAAAGAGUACCUGCUGCAGAACUACAAGGAGCAGAAAGCAGAGCUGUCCACUAAGGUCAAGGAGUUGCAGCUGAAAUUGGAUUCUCAGCUUCCAAACAUUUUCUAGACGAGGUCACUCACUCAAUCGCUCUUGUGCAUUCUUCGCCCGGCUUUCUAUUUUCCGUUUCUUCUCUUUUCCCUUUGUCUUUGAUUUGAGGUACCAAAUUUUUGAAAAGCUGUGUCUCAUUUCAUUCCUUUGCCCGUUGUUGUAAUGCUUUCCAUUUUUGGAUGGUGUGUGUGUGUAUAUGCUGCUAAAUCCCAAAUGUUUUGAAGAUGAGAGAGAGAGAGAGCUCGCUCUUUGUGUGUUUUUACUUUUACUUAGCCUUAAACUUUAAUGGGUUUUGAUUUUGGAGUGUUGAAAUGUUA